AUGUCAAAUUCUCCAACAGUCGCAACUUUGUCACAAGAACAUUUCAAUCCGAAUAUUCCUCAAAUUCUCCCACACGAGAAAAUGUAUAAGAUUCAAGUGGGGAAAUCACUAUUCAAAAUCAGUGGUGCUUCUUUAAGUUCAGAUGGUCCCAGUUUCUUUACUGAAUACUUUUCUAAGAAGCGCUCUCCUGCCAAUAACAAUGACAGCAAUAAUGAUAGUAUAGAAUCUAGUGAAAAUGAGGUUCUAUUCAUAGACAGAUCUGCCGAAGUUUUUGAAUGGAUUUACCAGCAUUUACAAGGUUACAUAAUCGAGAUUAAGGAUGAAGUACAAUAUACCAUGCUUUUCGCAGAUGCUAUGUACUAUAAUUUACCGCGAUUACGGUCUUUACUGAAAGAAACGGACUAUUAUUUCACUAACAUUGGCGGGCAAUCAUUCAAGAUAGCAAAAAAUCUAUUCAGAAGGAAAGGUGAUUCUCCGAAUUAUUUCGAGAUAUAUGCAGCUACGGUGUACAUCGAUGUGGAAGAACUGAUUAUAUCUAGAAAACUAUUAAGACCUCCACCUCAUUCUGCUCCUUAUGUUCCAAGAUCUUCUGAGUAUUUCAAAGAUUUACUGACAUUGCUGGGAGGAGCAACUCUCGAUUUGGAUGAUAAUAGAAGAGAUGCCUUGAUAAAAGAGUGUCGUUAUUACAGGUUUUUAAAUCUUGAACAGCGGCUAAUCAAAUCCCAUGUUAGCUAUAACCCCACAACAAAAAAAGAGGAGAUUUGCCUCUUAUUGAAGGACUUAUCCAAAAAAGGCGUUACUUUUCCUGCUUCUUCCGCAUUUCCGACCUCUCCCUGCUUUGAAGAGGAAUUGUGCAGUGUAGAUGAAUGCGAUCCAUUGUUGAAAACCUGUGAACAGCCAGCAAGUAAAAAGAUCAAACUUAAUGUGACUGAAAAAUAUAAUGAUUCCUGGAACAUGCUUUGCUAUAAGAGGCCAUUUUUAGAUAAUCAUGCGAGAGAGUUGAUUUUUCAAAUAGAUUCAACUGAUUGUACAAUAAUCUUCAAUAAGGAAAGCCAAAGUAUUCAUGUAGACAUAACUGGAGAAUCUGCACAAAAGUUUGAGGCUUUAUUUGGAAGCCAUCCGCCGAAUACACCCUUUGGUGCGCUCAACUUGAAUAAUUACCAUUAUCGUUUCCCAUCCGACAGUACGCAGGCGAAAAUUGAAACUCAUUAUUUGCUUCCAGCAUGCAUAUAUCUCUGUGACUUAGACGUAAACGGUAUCAAAAUUUCUCAAGUUCAAAGUCUGCUAACUGAUAAAAAUAGGUUUAAUGACAAGGUCAUUGACGUCUCUGAUCCACUUGGCGUUAAAUUAUGUUCCGGUUUGAAGCUCUAUUUAAGAAAAUCUCUCUGGAAACUGGCCAUGAAAGAUGGUAAAAUUAUGCUGUUAGCUAUUAAAGCCAUAGCAUUUAACGGAACCAAGGAGUACUACAGAGGAUAUGAAUAUCUGUAA